AUGUCUGCAACACUAUUCCGCACAAGCACCGCCGCUCGCUCGGCCUUGAAGGCUGGAGCUGCAAAGAGAGCGGCUUCUGUAGCUACCACGAGCUUCGUCCGUGGAAAAGCUACUCUACCAGACUUGCCAUAUGAUUAUGGGGCGCUAGAGCCAGCCAUCUCUGGCAAGAUCAUGGAAUUGCACCACAAGAACCAUCACCAAACAUAUGUCAACAGCUACAACGCUGCGUCGGAACAGAUCGCUGCAGCGGAACAAAAGGGAGAUAUUCAGGCUGCUAUUGCGUUGCAACCUGUGAUUAAUUUCCAUGGUGGUGGACAUAUCAAUCAUACUCUUUUCUGGGAGAACUUGGCUCCGAGCAAGAAUGGUGGUGGUGGUGAGCCAACUGGGAAUGUGAAGUCUGCCAUCGAGUCAAGCUACGGCGACUUCUCCAACUUCAAGACCAAAUUCAACGCCGCGCUCGCGGGUAUCCAAGGCAGCGGAUGGGCAUGGUUGGUCAAGAACAACGAGACAGGCCAUGUCGAGAUCCGAACAUAUGCCAACCAAGACCCAGUUGUGGGCAAGUACACACCGUUGUUGGGUAUUGAUGCUUGGGAGCAUGCAUACUAUUUGCAAUAUCAGAACAGAAAGGCGGAAUACUUUGGGGCUGUUUGGGAUGUGGUUAACUGGAAGGCGGUUGAGGGAAGAUUGAAGUAG